AUGAGCCUCCUAAACCGCACCGCGCGCUGUGCGCGCACACUCCCAAACCUCUCCACGUCCCCCUCCCGCCUCCAAUGCCUCCUCCGCGCCCCCGCCGCACACCCGCCAUCGCGUCAUCUCCAGCGCCGCGCCAUCAACUCCUCUCCCUCCCCCAGCUCCAACGAGCCCUCCACCGAAGAGCACAAGCGCCUCCGCGAGGCCGCUGAGGAGCGGAGACAGUACUACAAGCGCCGCAGCAUCUAUAACGGCAUUGGCUUCGUAACAGGCAUGAUCGCGAUCUGGGUGAUCGCGACGUCCGUCGACCUGCCGACGAAGCUCGAUUCGAAGCCGGGAUAUGACGCGAGGCUGCAGGAUCCGCUGGUCGUGGUGGGUAAGGAGCGCAAGGUUGUGGUGCAGAAACUAGGGGAGGAGGCGGAGGAGAACACGGAUACGGUUGAGACGGGGACGAGUACGGUGCCGACGUUUCCGAGGCUGAUGCAGUUUGACGAUGAGGAGAUUAGUGAGAAUGCGCAGGGGGAUAUGGCGAGUCCGACGGAGUACCAGCUUAUGGGGUUGGGGAUACGGAAGGUCUCGUUCUUGAGCAUUCAGGUGUAUGUGGUGGGGAUGUACGUGGCGACGGAUGAUAUUGCUCAGCUGCAGCGCACCCUGGUAAAGAAGAUCGACCCUAUUGCGACAACGCUCGUUGCGGGGGAGAAGGAUACCCUGAAGGAGAGACUGAUGGAUCCGGAGGGGGGAGAGGAGGUGUGGAAUCACAUCUUGUCUUCCACGAAUGUUCGAACGCUAUUCCGGAUUGUGCCGGUUAGAGACACGGAUUUUGGACACAUGAGAGAUGCGUACGUACGAGCCGUGACGGCGCAGGCGAGGAAGCACCCUGAAGAGUUUGGCGACGACAAGUUCGGGCAGUCGGUUGCUGACUUGAAGGCUAUGUUUGGACACGGCAGUGUGCCGAAGGGAAGGGAGCUGGUGCUCGCAAGGAACGGGAAGGGUUCCUUGGCGGCGUGGUUCGAUGCUGGCAAGGCUGGACCGCAGCGAUUGGGCGAGGUAGAUGACGAGAGGAUAUCCAGGGCGCUUUGGUUACAUUACCUUGCUGGCGCCCAUGUAGCCAGCGAGGCGGCAAGGAAGAGCAUCGUGGAGGGGAUUAUGGAGUUUGUAGAGAGGCCGGUUGGAACCGUUGCCGCCCAGGUUCAUGUCUAG